AUGUCAGCGGAGAUGUGGAAUUCGCAUCCGGAUGGUGAGUUAUACUUUGAUAAAUGUCUGGACUUUUUAGCCGAGUUAUAUCAACAUUUCAGAGACGUGAAGACAAAGCACACCAUUGAAAUCGUCUUAUUUUCCCGAGUUGCUGCAAAUCAAUUUUCGUCGACAUCAGCAACACCAACGUUUCGCUGUUUAUCGCCGUCGGCGAACAGUAAACAGAAAGACACGGAUUACAUUCAUGUCAUUUCAUUUGCCGAUAUAUUUCCCUUUACUUUGCUCCAAUUUCGACUGAAACAAUACUUUAAAGAAUGGAAAAGUAUAGUUAAAGCCCAAAGUGAGAAUACUAUAGUUUCUAGUAAAAAUGCUAAUGUUUUUGAAAGUAUAGUAACUACACUCCACCACUUUGGCGCCCAUUUUCGAGGCGGCAGUUCAGAAACCAUGUUAGUCAUAACACCGGGAAAUGGGGUGUUACGAACAAGUUGUUUGAUCUAUUCGAUGUGUAAGAAAAUAGUGCUGAAGAAUUAUGUGAAUGUCCAAUUUGUGUCAUUAGCAGUUAAACCACUAUUUACUACACCAUUAGUCUUAUUCACAGAUCAAGACGCUAAGAAGGCUUUUAGUAUCCCGUUUUGGGUGUCACUGAGAUUCUACCAAAGCUUCAUGUUUGACAUGUCGAAGUUGAGUCGAGCACACUCAUGUAAGAACUGCUUAACUUACAACUUCUCGAAGGACUCGGACUAUUUCUUUGUGACUGCAACAAAGAAGAAGUCAAAUGUCAUACAAAAUUAUUUGAUCCCAAAUGAUGAAGAAACGCCUUUAGAGACAUCUCUUAUUAAACAAAGCUUGUUACCAGUCAGUGGCGUCUCCCCUUUAAGAGUCGACCAAAUACCUAAGGAACAUUCUUUAGCGUAUUGUAUCACUGAAUCUUUUAAAAAAGAAAGAGAAAGCCCUUGGGACAAUUUAGUCAAAUUAAGUUGUGCAGUGAAAUAUAUCUCAGACGUCCCGACAAAGCCGUUUCAUAAGUUUGAAACGACGAAUUACACUAUAACACCAAAUAAUGGGAUAUUACCUAAACAACUCUUUUCGAUGAUGAUCGCAAAUAGAAUAGCUUUAGGGUUCCAAUUCAAUUCAGACACUACUUCAGAUACUAGCACUGUUUUAUAUGCUCCAGACGCUAUCCAUAUGUUGUCCUUAAAGGAAAAUGGCGUCGACGUGCAAAUUCAGCACAAGGUAUAUGCCAACACUAAACUGUUUCCAUACCCUUACGAGUUUGUAGCUAUCAUCACUCCUCCUUUGAACCCUUUGGAAUUCAAUCCAAAGAUAUACAAUUCGUCAAAAAGAUGUAUUAACUUGCAACCACAAAGUCGAAUGGAGUGGAAGGUCUACGACUCUUUCAAUUCGUUAAAUACAGACGACGAGAAUGUCGGCAAGUUCCAUUCUUUGAUCUUCCACAUCUUUUCUAAAGAACAAGAAGAUGACAUCUACUACGCUUUCUUGCAGUUCUAUGACUUCAUUUUAAGCCAAAGUGAAUAUAUGGUCGAAUGGUUCCCCAUCCACUUCAAACACGAAGAACAAAAGAAAGACAACAUCGACUACUUCGACAUCGAAAAUCUCCUCAAAGCUCUUAACAAAGAAAUUCACGGAAAAGUCUCCGGGACUACUCUUGCUACGUGGAUGUCUAACAACACAAAUGUCGUCAAUAGAGAUCACGCUAAAAUCGUACUCAACGCUUUGGUCAAAAGAAAAUUAAUUGUUGGGCCGGAAGGCCAGUCCAGCUUUGUAGACUCUAAGCAGAUCAUUUACACUACACUCGCCAUUCAACGAUUCGACUCUUUGACAACUGUUGAAAGCCGUGUCCAAGCCACUCAAUCCCCGUUCCACCCACGGUCGUUCCUUGUCAGAUUGAAUUGUGGUACAGCCAAGAAGGAGAAUUACUUCUUGGAGAUGGAAAAGAUAUUUGAUCCAAAGACCCAAGUGCAUUACCACUAUGGUUUCUAUUGGCUUAACGUUUUCAUGAACCCGCGAACGAUCGAUAAGAUUGUCGAAACACAUUAUAAGCACUUUGAAAAGAACAGUGAUCUCGACUUCGUCCAACAAAUUCUUCCCAGAGAUAUCGUUGUGAUGAAGUGGCUCGAUUGUAAAGCUAAGAAGACGACUGUAGUCCAUCAAAAUCCAAUUAAUUGUAAGUUUCAAUGA